AUAUAUAUUAUUAAUUGUUAUAGCAAUUUAAUGAAGCAGCUUUAUUAUAUGAAAAAGCUGAAUAUUUUGAUAAAGCAGCUUCUGCAUAUAUAAAAUUAAAAAAUUGGCCAAAAGUGGGACAGCUUUUACCACAAAUUUCAUCUGCCAAAAUUAAUAUACAAUAUGCUAAAGCCAAAGAAACUGAAGGCAAAUAUGAAGAAGCAGCAAAGGCAUAUGAGAUUGCAAAAGAUUACGAAAACAUAAUUAGAAUUAAUUUGGAAUAUUUAAAUAAUCCUGCUCGAAGUGUUGAAAUAGUACAACAAACUAAAAGUAUAGAAGGAGCUAAAAUGGUUGCAAAAUAUUUUCAAAAGAUGAAUGAUUAUAAUUCAGCAAUUAAAUUUUUAAUUUUAUCAAAUUGUCAUGAAGAAGCUUUUCAAUUAGCUAACCAACAUGGAAAAAUGGAAUUAUAUGGAGAAAUUUUAAUAAAUACGAUUGAUGAUAGUAAUUCACGGACAGAAGAUUUUAAAAGUCUUGCUAUGCAUUUUGAAUCUCAGAAAAAUAAUUUUUUAGCUGGAAAAUAUUAUUUCCAUGCUAAAGAAUAUCAAAAAGCAUUACGACAUUUAUUAAAAGCUGUACAAUUAGUAACAGAUGAAAAUGAAGUUCUUACAUUAGCUAUUGAUACAGUUGCUUCAUCAAAAGAUGAUAAAUUAGCAAAUCAAUUGAUUGAUUUUUUAUUAGGUGGAGAUGGAUUGCCAAAGGAUCCUAAAUAUCUAUUUCGAUUAUAUAUGGCUAGAAAACAAUAUAAAGAAGCUGCAAAAACAGCAAUUAUAAUUGCAAAUGAAGAACAAAUUAAUGGAAAUUAUAGAAGUGCUCAUGAUGUUCUAUUUGGCAUGUAUCAAGAAUUAAAAAAAAAUAAGAUUAAUAUACCUUUAGAAAUGCAAAACAAUUUAAGACUUUUGCAUUCCUAUAUUCUUGUCAGACUUCAUGUAAAAAAAAAUGAUCAUUUACGUGGUGCUCGUAUGUUAAUAAGAGUUGCCAAUAAUAUAUCAAAAUUUCCAUCACAUAUUGUUCCAAUCUUAACAUCUACUGUAAUAGAAUGUCAAAGAGCUGGAUUAAAGUAUGCUGCAUUUAAUUAUGCUGCUAUGUUGAUGCGUCCAGAAUAUAGAAGUCAAAUUGAUGCUAAGUAUAGUAAAAAGAUUGAAGCAAUUGUAAGAAAACCACCAAAAUCAAAAGAUAACGAAAUUGAAGAUGAACCUUUAACUCCAUGUCCAUAUUGUAAAAGUAAACUUCCAGAGACAGAAAUUACUUGUGACAAGUGUAAAAAUACAAUACCUUUUUGUGUAGCUACAGGCCGACAUAUUGUUGAAGAUGAUUUUGCAGUAUGUCCACAAUGUGAUUUUCCUUGUAUAAGAAGUGAAUUUUUAAGGAUCAUUGAAUCUGAGAAAACAUGUCCAAUGUGCUCAGAAAAAAUAGAUGUUAAUAUGAUUUCAUCCACUCUUGAUAUUCAUCCCUAUCUUGAUUUUCAAGAAGAAAAAUCAUGAAUAAAAAAUCUAAACAUUUCCAUAUUUAGUAGAAAUAUAAAAGAUAAAAAUAUUAUUAUCACUUUCAUGCCGUCCAAUAUAAGUAUAAUACAAUUAAAUACAAGAAACAUAUUAUAUAAUUUCAUAAAAUAUAUAAAACACAUGCACAAAUCUAAAUAAUAAUCAUACAUGAAAUAAUAUGUAGAUAUUAGUAUCAAUAAACUAGUCUUUUAAUAA